AGCUGAAUUUUUAAAAAUAUCCACAUACAUACAUAUAUAGAGAGAAAAAUACUAAAAUCUAAAAUCAUCGAGGAGAAAUGGAUAUUGAAAAGUUCAAAUGUGGACAUAUUUUCAAGCAAUAAUUUAAAUAAUCUUGGAAAUUACCUACACCUUAUAUUCAUCUUCAACUGUUGAUAAAGAAUUAUAUAAUGAUCCAGAAUUAACAAUAACCAUAACGCUAUAUCUAAUGUAGAAAUUUUGGAAGAAAAUAACAGUGAUAAUAAUAAUAUAAUAUUUUAGAUUCUACUGAGACUUUUUAGCAACAGACAAAUGUAAUUUUAUCAUCCCAAAAUCAUAUAUGUAAAAUAAAAUCUGUAAAAUUUUUGGAUAAUUCAUCAUUAGAUGACUGUGAUAAUGACUGGAUUGCAGAGAUGGAAGAAAAAGCUAAUCAAAUAUAUACACUUCUACCAAUGUAUAAAUAUGAUCAUGUAUUUGGAAUUUUAUACAAAAAUCGUUAUGCAAUGAAUUGUUUAGAGCUUAGUUUACGAGACUUACUACCAAUGAGAAAAUCAACAGUAAAAAUUCCCUAUAUUAUAAAAGCAGAUAAUGAUAUAAACAGUUCAUUCAAAUAUUCAAAAUACAUCAAGUAAUUCAGAUGCACAAAAUAAAUCAUUAAAUAGUUCAACAAGAAAUAAAGUAUUAAUAAAUAAUAGCAAAAGUUAUGAAGGACAAAAAUUUCUAUGAUUAUAUGCAAUAUUUGAGUCGUAUGCAAAACAUUAAGGAAGAGAAAUUAUUUGUUAUUGUUACAAAAAGAAACAAGAAUUAGAACAAUCAAUAGACAGAAAUAAAAAUAUUUUAGAGCCUAAUAAUACGGAAGGAUACUUAGAAACAUUAGAUAUUCAUUUAAAUAAUGAAAAGCAUAUAAAUUGUACCUAUUCACUAUCUAGUAAUAUAUCAAAUACUGAAAAUAUCUAAUGUAUCAUGUAUUGAUGUCACAUUAUGUGAUACUACCACAAAUAAUGUAUCAGAAAUAUUAACACUAUUAAAAAAUACUGCUUAAAACAUAGAAAUUAAGCCAUUAACUUCCACUGGGAAUUAUUCUGUACAAAACACUAAUUGUAUGUUUGGAAGUACUGGAAAAUCAAUUUUUAAAAAGAAAUAGUGGGCGCAUAAAAUAUACUAGAUCACUUCUAAUUCUAUUCAACUAGAUAAAAUAUUAGAAUUAUAUUUCUAUAUUUGGAUAAGAAUUAUAUUAAUAAAGUAUGUAAAAGAUAUUUAAAUAGAGACGCUGGUCUAGAUAAACAAUUUGAAGAAUUAAUUGAUAUCAUAAUAGAAAAUAGACAAUUAUGUCCUACUAAAACAAUUAUAAAGGAACCAUAUCAAGAAAAAGAUUGUAAUAGACGGAAAAUUUAUGUAUUUAACAGGAGUUUUUCCUAAUGCAGAUUCUAUAUAUUUAAAAAAAGUUGUAGCACAAAUAGGUAAUGAUUGUGUUAAACUAAAUCAUUUCAUACAAUCACAAUGGGAAUAUCUCACUUAUCUAACAAGAGAUGAGAAAAUAAAAAAAAUAGGAAUUACGGAACAACAAAAGCAAUAUAUUAAAAAAUUCGAUGUCAAAAAAUUUUUAGAAAUAUAUCCUGAUCCAUUUAAAUAUUUUCAAAAUCUAGAGAGAAAAUCUGAAUGCAAUUAUGAUACAUUUGAAUUUCUUAAAUCACACUUCAAUAAAUUUGAGAGAAAGAAUCAACUUCUGAAUGUCAAACUGUUACGCUGAAUGUAUACCAUCCAAAUAUUCAACAUGUGAUGAUGGCCACAUAUUUUGUAAUUCGUGUACCAUAAACGGAACUGAAGUUUGUAUCGCACUAGGAACUACGUGUAUUUCAUGUUUUGUGGAUGGAGAAUUUAAACUUCCAAUCUUUCAAAAAGUAUUAUCACCAACGCAGUUUAGUAUUUUUAUUGGUAAGAAACAAGAAAUAGAAGUAAUGGGUGCUGGAAGUUUAGCUUCUUGUCCAUUUUUUCAGUUUGAUAAAAUUUUUAAAUGUCUUAAUUACGAAUGAAGCAAUAUGUGUAGGUAGGUAAAAAUUAUUGAAUUACGUAGGUAAUAUUUACUGAAUUUACGAUACAAAACAAUUUUUUAUUUCUAUUCAAAGACAAGAAUCAUUUAAGUAAGUAUAUUUAAGUUUUGUUCCA